AUGGAUUAUGCGAUUUUCAAGACCGGGGGCAAACAGUACCGGGUGAAGCCGGGCGAUGUUCUCGAUGUCGAACUGCUGCCCGUAGAAGUAGGGGAUUCGACAGCAUUUGACGAAGUUCUGGCCGUAUCCGACGGUGGAGAGGUCAGUUUCGGAACCCCGCACGUCGCUGGGGCCAAGGUCGUGGCGCAGGUGCAGUCCCACUACAAAGACAAGAAGCUGAUGGUCUUCAAAUACAAGGCCAAGACCCGCUACCGUGUCAAGAAGGGUCACCGGCAGAACUACACGCGCCUGGUCAUCCAGGACAUCCAGGCAGGAGGUUAA